AUGCCCUCCAGGAUCGCAGUGCAUUCGAAAUCAGUGCUAUCAGAAUUUGACAAUGAAUACAACGACUACUCUGAAACCCACAAAUAUAACGAAUACCACCACAACAACCACGUCAACCACAAGAGCUCCGAACACAACAAUAACAACAACUACGAGUACCACGACAACCACCACCCCAACCACGUCCACCACAACUACUACGAGCACCACAAUGCCGACAUCAACAAAAACAACGACUCCCACCUCACCAACCACGUCCACCUCAACUACUGCGAGCACCACAAUGCCGACAUCAACAAAAACAACGACUCCCACCUCACCAACCACGUCCACCACAACUACUACGAGCACCACAAUGCCGACAACAAAGCCAUCGACUCCCACCACACCAACCACGUCCACCUCAACUACUACGAGCACCACAAUGCCGACAUCAACAAAACCAACGACUACCACCACACCAACCACGUCCACCACAACUACUACGAGCACCACAAUGCCGACAUCAACAAAAACAACGACUACCACAACACCAACCACGUCCACCACAACUACUACGAGCACCACAAUGCCGACAUCAACAAAAACAACGACUCCCACCUCACCAACCACGUCCACCUCAACUACUGCGAGCACCACAAUGCCGACAUCAACAAAAACAACGACUCCCACCUCACCAACCACGUCCACCACAACUACUACGAGCACCACAAUGCCGACAACAAAGCCAUCGACUCCCACCACACCAACCACGUCCACCUCAACUACUACGAGCACCACAAUGCCGACAUCAACAAAACCAACGACUACCACCACACCAACCACGUCCACCACAACUACUACGAGCACCACAAUGCCGACAUCAACAAAAACAACGACUACCACAACACCAACCACGUCCACCACAACCACUACGAGCACCACAAUGCCGACAUCAACAAAAACAACGACUCCCACCUCACCAACAAGGCCCACCACGGGAGCACCGAACACAACAACUACUGUCGGGGAUUCAACAACACCCACCACGCCAACCAAUUCCACUGCAAGAGUACCUGCUACCACCAACUUGACAACAACUGCGACCAAAUCAACUUC